CGCCGCGCACAGAUCAAACCAGCCCUCGCGACCAACGAAGCAUUUACGUCGGACGAAGUAGGCUCAGCCCACGUUGAGAACUUUGCCCUCUCCGUCUUCACCAAGGCAGACAAUGAAGAUCGAGCGGGCAAAGCGAGCAAGGGCACUGCCAUGGCUUUCCAGGCUGCUGCGAAUUUUAUGGAGCUGCUCGGCUUGUUCAACACCGGAGCGAGCGAGGAGAUUGCCUCAAAGCGAGUGUAUGCAAAGUGGAAGGUGACGGAGAUUCUCAAGGCGUUGCGAGAGGGGAGGAGGCCUGAUCCGGGGCCACCGGGAUGGGAUCCUGAGCAGGAGCGUAGGGAGAGGGAGGAGGAGCAGGAGGCGUUGAAGGCGGUGGGUGAGGCGAAGGAGGACGACGAUUUGCUGGCGAGGGAGAUUGCCAAGCUGACCGCGCCGAGUGAGCUGGGGGGAGCGGGCGGCGGCUCGGGCGGUGACGAGGGCAAUGCGUUCAGGAGUGACGAGGUGGCAAGGGUCAUCUCGCCCGGCGCCGAGGCGGAUGCAUCGUCGAGGAGCAGGCGGGCAGCUUCGAGGCUGUCUCUGGACGCCGGCGCCGCGAUGUCGAGGUCACCCUCGUCGUCUAGCCAAACGCCAGGCUCACCGCCGCCGCCACUCCCAGCAUCGGGAUCCAACACCUCGAUCUCCUCGUCGACGUCGCCCAACUUUAGCCAUCCGCUGCGCCCACAACUCGAGCGAGGGCUGACGGGGGGAUCCACCGGCGCGAGCGGCGCGAGCACGAGUAGUGCGAACGGUCCGCCUCAGCACCCGCAGCAGCAGCCGUAUCUUCAGCUGCCACCCAUGCAAGGCCAGCCAGGCUCGCCGGCUCUUUCGGCCACCUCUUCAACCUCGAGGGGAAGCGCCAUUCCGGGACAGGUGACUGCGCCUGGUCGUCCGCUACCGAUUCCUCCCACUCCGCCUGCAGGAGCAGCGCCGAAUGGCUUCCCGGGAUCAGCAUACGCAGGAACGACAUCUGCGCCCCCGUCAACUACGCAGCCUAUUCCCUCACCCGGACCAUCAGCUCCGCCCCUCCCACCUGCCGUCGCUACUCCCUCUGCCCCGCCAGCCCCGCCAGCCCCGCCAGCACCAGCAGCUCCCACGCUUCCGACGUCUCUGGACGCCCGCCAGACGUCAGCGGCACAGCGUUACGCCAAGUUUGCCAUUUCGGCGCUCGAUUUCGAUGAUUUGGAGACGGCGAGGCGGAAUCUCAGGUUGGCGCUCAAUGUGGUCGAGGGGCGUGGAGACGGAGGCGCCAAGGUGUCGUGAAAGCAGCGUGCCGCGCCAUUCAUCUGUGUAUGAUAUCAAUGAGAUCGAGAUAGAAACGUGCUUGCCGCACUGCGAGGCGUGAAGAUGAGG